UUUUUUUUCCGGAGCUGAGCGGGCGCUGCUAGCGGAGGCGCCAUAUUGAAAGGGACAAAACUCCGGCGACAGCGAGUGACACAAAUAAACGCCUGGACGCCCUCGUUCCCUCAGCUCUCAGGCCGCGAUGUUGUACCUGGAGGACUAUCUGGAGAUGAUUGAGCAGCUGCCCAUGGACUUGCGAGACCGCUUCACGGAGAUGCGCGAGAUGGACCUGCAGGUGCAGAGUAAGUCGCGGGCUUUGCUCCCGUCCGCCGCAAAAUAUUUUGAAAAGACUAAGAAAAAUAAAUCAUCAGUAGAAAAAGAAGUAACCUCCUUAGAUCGUGAUUACUAUAAAGCUUUGGAAGAUGCAGACGAGAAGGUACAAUUGGCAAACCAGAUUUAUGACUUGGUAGACCGACACUUGAGGAAGCUGGAUCAGGAACUGGCUAAGUUUAAAAUGGAGCUGGAAGCUGAUAACGCUGGGAUUACAGAAAUAUUAGAGCGGCGAUCUUUGGAAUUAGAUACUCCUUCACAGCCUGUGAAUAAUCACCACGCCCAUUCCCAUACGCCAGUGGAAAAAAGGAAAUAUAACCCAACGACUCACCAUACCACCACAGAUCAUAUCCCUGAAAAGAAGUUUAAAUCUGAAGCUCUUCUCUCUACUCUUACAUCAGAUGCCUCCAAGGAAAACACACUCAGCUGUCGAAAUAACAACUCCACAGCCUCUUCCAAUAACGCUUACAAUGUGAAUUCCUCCCAACCCCUGGCAUCCUACAACAUUGGCUCGUUAUCGUCAGGAACUGGUGCUGGAGCAAUUACGAUGGCAGCAGCUCAAGCAGUUCAAGCCACAGCUCAGAUGAAAGAGGGACGAAGAACAUCAAGUUUAAAAGCCAGUUAUGAAGCAUUUAAGAAUAAUGACUUUCAGCUGGGAAAAGAGUUUUCAAUGCCCCGGGAAGCGGCUGGCUAUUCCUCAUCCUCGGCGCUCAUGACUACAUUGACGCAGAGCGCCAGCUCAGCAGCAGCCGACUCUCGGAGUGGGAGAAAGAGCAAAAAUAACAACAAAUCUUCGAGCCAGCAGUCAUCAUCUUCUUCCUCCUCUUCUUCAUUAUCCUCAUGUUCUUCAUCAUCCACGGCAGUUCAAGAAAUCUCUCAGCAGACAACAGUAGUCCCAGAAUCUGAUUCUAACAAUCAGGUCGACUGGACUUAUGACCCCAAUGAGCCACGCUACUGCAUUUGCAAUCAGGUAUCCUAUGGUGAGAUGGUGGGAUGUGAUAAUCAAGAUUGCCCUAUAGAAUGGUUCCAUUACGGAUGUGUCGGCUUGACGGAGGCCCCGAAGGGGAAAUGGUACUGCCCGCAGUGCACGGCUGCCAUGAAGAGGAGGGGCAGCCGCCACAAAUAAGGGGGGCCACACCCCGGGAAAGGAAAAGCUGCAGCUGACAUUUUAUACAGGACUUGACGAAGAAAGAGGCAAGAAGAAACCGUGCAUUUCCCAGGAGCCGCUUAGAGGAUUUACAGAGACAAUCCUAUAAGAUCUUGAACUAUAAACUUUAUGGGUUGUAUUUUAAUAAUGUAAGUAAAUUAUUUAUGCACUCCUCAUGUGCUCUAAAUAUUAUUCCAGUUAGCCUUGGAUUAUUUCAGUGGCCAACAUAUGCAGACAUUUGUACUCCUCAACCAUUUUCUCAAAGUUACUGGGCAUUCUAUAUCAUUUAGAUUUCAAAGAAUUCCAACGAUGAAGAUUUUAAGCAAAGUAUUUUAUAUGCGACAGGUAUAUUCUACUGCAUGUGCUGUACUCCAGAGCUGUUAUGUAACACUGUACAUACAUGGUUGCAAAAGAAAAAAAAAAGUCAGUGCUUCUUUCAAAAGACUUUACGAUAAUGGUUUUUAAAACACCUUUAUAAUCUUUGUUUCUUUGUGAAACUCAAUUCAGCGGGCUGAAGAAAACGGUUCGUGUAAUAAAGUGGGCCGCAUCCUCCGCGGUGCCCGAUACAGAAGCAGAAA